AUGAUGGGGUACGAUAUCCUCCUAACAGAGCAGGCGGACCUCCACCUUCUCAAGUUUUCAAACAAGUUCUUCAUCAAGCCGCUCCCAGAUUAUAUGCUAUGCUCCAUGUUCUGGGACAAAUAUCUCUGCGAAUCGGAGGAGCUUCAUAAAUCCGCUUGUCAAAAGCUAAAUCUUCUCCCGUGUGACAUAACGUGGACCUGGUGGAAAAGUUUUGUGGCAGAAUUUCUCUCCCAUAUCGAUGCAAAUACGCUCAACCAGGUCAACAAACGCUACCACUUCGGCGAGCUUCGACUAGGAAGAAUCAAUUCCAUAUACAGGAUCCGAUUCUUCUCCACACACUUCAUUCGCGGCUAUUUGUACGGCUACAACCGCUAUGCAGUCUUUUUUCAGAGGAAUUUUGCCUGGAUACUCAUCGUAUUGGUAUACUUCUCCCUCGUACUCUCGGCGAUGCAGGUUGGCGCCACUGUACCACCACUGAACACGAACCAUGCCUUUCAGCAGGCUUCCUACGGCUUUGCGGUCUUCUCAAUUGUCACUGUGGCUGCAGUUGUGUGCUUUGUGGGAGUCUUGUUCGCUGCAACUUUCUUGAUAAAUAUGGUACUGGCUAUUUCACACGAGAAGAUGAAGAGGCGAGACCGGGAUAUUCUCGCUCAAGAAAGCGAGGGAACAGCUAAGGCCUAG